UUCUAUAAGUAGAAGACCAGCUUGGUGGCAACAACAAAGCUAAUUCAAGAAAUAAAUUGUCACCGUUGCACUAAAAACCUCUCACUGCCACUGUUGCAACAAUAGAGCUACAUCCAAGAGCCAUUUCAUAACAAUAGUUAUGGAAUUAUCGAUAAACAUUUCCGGACAAGCCUCGAAUGAGAGAGACGAGAACUUCCGAAAGUGGAAGGCAGAGAGUUUCGCACCGCAACUACCACGUGAUGAUGACCCAAAGAAGAUGAUGGAUGAGAAGUUGUACAAUUAUGCAGAAGAAGACAAAUUUGAUGAAUUAUUUGGUGAACUGCGGCGUGUUUCAUCAGCGGAACUAUCAUCCAUCAUUUACACACAAGUUAGCCCUUCUGGAAAUUCAUUGCUUCAUGUUUCAGCAAGAAAUGGAAGCCAACAUGUGACGGAACUCCUUCUACAACACUUUCCGCUUCUAAUGAUGAGGAAAAACUUCCACGAUGAAACUGCACUUCAUUUAGCAGCCGGAGCUGGACAGCUGGGAACUGCAACAGUUCUUAUCAACAAGUCAAAAGGCCAUGGAGGAGCCAGCCACUUUCCUAACUUUUUGGAGAUGAAGAAUGAUAGAGGAAACACAGCUUUACAUGAUGCAGUCAUUAAUGGGCACGACAUUUUGGCCCAUUUUCUUGUUUCAGAGAGCUUGAAACUUUCCUAUUCCGAAAAUAAUGAACGUAAGUCUCCCUUGUAUCUUGCAGUCGAGAAUAGCGAUGAGAAGAUGCUCACUACUCUAAUGGAUACAAUACGUGAUGAUGUUGAUUUACUUAACAACCUAGAAGGAAAGUCUCCUGUGCACGCCGCUGUCCAAGGAAGAAAGAGAACAAUAUUGGAACAAAUAGCGAAAAAAAAGCCAGGCCUUUUGCGCCGGAAAGAUGAAAAGGGGGAGAAUCCACUUCACUGUGCAGCAUACAUGGGUUAUGUUUGGGAAACUCAAUUCCUGUUCAAUGAAUAUCGUGAUGGUGCAAUCCAGCAGAACGAUGAAGGCAACAUGCCUAUCCAUGUUGCUAGCAAAAAAGGCUAUGUUGACGUAGUUGAUGCAUACAUUUCCAAGUGGACUGAUCCAGCAGAAUUUCUCAACAGCAAAAGGCAGAACAUUCUACAUGUCGCCGCGGAGAGAGGAAGACAUCGAGUGGUGAAGUAUAUCCUACAAAAUAAGAAUCUGGAAGCACUUAUAAAUAAGCAGGAUCUGGAUGGAAAUACACCUUUGCAUUUAGCAUCAAAGAAUGGCGGAUCCAUUGCAACAUUUACUCUUGUGCGAAACUCUAUGGUUAUGAAAGACAAAGCCAAUGGCGAAAACUUGACACCAUAUGAGGUUGCAAAGAAGCAAUCUAAAAUGGUGGGAGCAGAAUUCUCAGGAGAACCAAUUCCGAAUGGGAAGGACAACAAUGUUGACCCAAAGAGUGACAGCAAUGGAGAGAAGCCACAAACAAAGGACAAACCAGAUCAUGGAGUGGGAAACCAAGAUGGUCCAGAUGACAGAAAAGGAGGGAAGGGAAAACUAGACUAUUAUGGAGUUAUGAUGACAUUAUCGAUCUUGCAUUUCUGGGCUGGCCAUAAGAGAUCCAAAGUAGAAUAUUUCCGUAUUAAGAGCAGGCCUCUACCAAAAGAGGAAAUCAAGGGCAGGAUCGAUUCUCUUCUUGUUGUAGCCGUGCUUAUCGCUGGUGUAACAUUUUCUGGUAUACUCCAACUUCCUCGAAAUGCAGACCAGCCUGAAAGUGGACCUUCUAACAUCACCACCACCAAUAGUACCCAAAACCAGGGCAUAUCAGCAAAAAAUGAAGGCGUUCUAAGGAAUGUUUAUAUUUAUUUUGACAUGGUAGCCUUGAAUGCCGCGGUCAUGGCAUCGAUAAUCCUUUGUUGGGCUCAACUAUAUGAUGUCAAAGUAGCAGCACAUGCAGUUUGGUUGGCAUCAAUAUUAACAGGUGGUGCUAUCUACUUGAUGUGCUUAGCAUUCGUCUUUGCUGUUGCUAUUGAUGUAGGCAAAAACUUUGCCUUCUUCGUUGUCACCAUUGUCGUCGGAGGAGCGUUUUUUAUUUUCCAAACAGUGGUUUCUAUUCCAUUGAUUAUUCCGCCGAGUGCCAACCAAAUCAUUGAAAGAAUUGCUUCACCUUUCAUCUAUCUCCUGAUUUUCUACUUAUAUUUCCUUGUGGACCGGUUGUAUUUUAAAUUGAAGAAAAAAGAGAAGCUACAACAAACAAAGUCUUCUUGAUACGAUGCUCUUCGGAUCGGUGGAUUGUGUGUGUUUAAUCGUCGUAAUAAUUUAAUGUUGUUGAUUGUAUUAAUUAUUUGAUAUUUGUAUUGUUGUCAUAAUUUGAGUUUAUUCAAUUCCAUGGAAA